UUGUAGUAGAAAAAAUAGAAUCACAUGAUAAAAAUUUAAAUAAAAUCGAUUCUAUUUUUAUGAAUUAUGAUAUAUCAAGUUUUAAAAUAAUUGAAGAAAAUUAUCAUUAUGUUAAUAAUAAUAAUAAAACUUUAUUUAUAUUGUUUAAAGUUUCAAAAGAGAAGAUAGAUUUGAUUAAUAAUGCAGAUAGUGCAGUUCAAUCUUAUUGGAUUCAUAUCCAUAAUGAUCAAAUUUAUGCUCCUUCAAAAUUUAAAGGGUUUAAUUAUAAACCUUCAG